GAAGUUCCCACGCGCGCAGAGGUGAGGAAGAGGAGGGGAGCGUCCAGAGAAAAGAACAACUUGGGUCGGAGAGAGAGAGAAGAAGAAGAAGAGUAAAGAAGAGCCGCGCCGUUUAUUUCCACGAGCCCUCCGUCAUGGACUGCGCCCGCGCUGCCGUCUACCUGUCCGUCUGUCUGUCGCUGUGGAGCGCAGCCGUCUGCCGCGCGCACCUCACACCGGAAACCCACCCGGAGGAGCCGGAUGUGCUGGGAGCGCUCAGCGCACAGCUGGCUGAAGCCCUGCAGGGUUUUCUGGAGGGAGCGGACGACCGGACGGGUCUGUCGGUGGAGAAGAAAGCCAGCGUCAUUCCUCGGUGUGACAUCGGAGAGCGCUGCGCUCUGAAACACGGACCCCGUAUCGGCCGGCUGUGUGACUGUCUGAGAGGAGCCGCCUGCAACACCUUCUUCCUCCGCUGCUACUGAGCGCACGCACGCACGCACGCACGCACCUACACACGCACAUGCAUGCACGCAUACACGCUCACAGACACACGCACAAACAUGUGCACGCACGGACGCAGCGUCUGUGGUGUUUGUGUGGUCCUCGGUUGGUUUUCGUGUCAGAUUGUGUUGUGCUCUCCUGUCGUCUGUAUUACAGAUUUUAUUUUUGUUAAAUAAAUAAACGUACACACAGUCACGCGGCUCCGACUAGUUCCUGGCGUGUCUUCAGUGUCCCAGACAGGGAAACCCCGCAUGAGUCUGGUUCCAGAAGCUCCCGGGGGGUCGUUAAUGGCCAUCACGAUCCUUCAUCCACUCAACAUGUCUGGGGAGUUAUUUUAGGUGGGGGGGAGGCUCAGUAAGACAGUCUGAAAUGUGCUAAAAAUCUCUGCAGUUAAAUUUCUCAAUGUCCAAUAAUAAAGAUGUGCUGUGUGAUGCGCAAGAUGAAGCAGUAAACGGUGUGUUCUUUCCAGGGCAGCUUUAUUGACAGCUGAUGAUAAUAGGGCAUGAAACAGGCU